AUACAUGUAAGUAAUAUAUUACCGGUGGCUUUGGUUCUCUAAUUUCCACAAAUGUUGUUUCUCUAAGAACAAAGGAACAAUAGCAAAACAGCCGAACAAUGAUGAUGGCAAUGUGCACCCAAUUAGGAGCUUGGACUCCAACACAAUGCCAUCUAAAGGCCUCAUCCAAAACAGUGCUAAGAGCCCAAAAGACACACUCAAUGCCACCUGAGAAGAAAGAAAUUUUCAAGUCAUUAGAGAGUUGGGUAUCACAAAAUGUGUUGCCACUAGCCAAACCUGUGGAGGAAUGUUGGCAGCCACAUGACUUGUUGCCAGAUUCAUCUUUGUCAUCGGGUGAGUUCACCGAUCAAGUGAAGGCUUUAAGGGAUCGAACGGCUGAACUUCCAGACGAUUACCUUGUAGUUUUGGUGGGUGAUAUGAUCACUGAGGAAGCAUUGCCUACAUACCAAACAUGGAUAAACAAGUUGGAUGGGGUUGGGGACGAGAGUGGUUCAAGUCUCACACCAUGGGCUAUAUGGUCACGCUCUUGGACUGCUGAAGAAAAUAGACAUGGAGACUUACUCAAAACUUAUCUCUAUCUCUCUGGUCGAGUUGAUAUGCACAUGAUUGAAAAAUCCAUCCAUUAUUUGCUUGGAGCUGGCCAGGAUGUGGGUACAGAAAACAACCCAUACAUGGGCUUUGUAUAUGCAUCUUUUCAAGAGCGAGCCACAUUUGUGUCACAUGGAAACAUGGCUCGGUUGGCUAGAGAGAGGGGUGAUUUGGUACUAGCACGCAUGUGUGGAACCAUUGCUGCAGAUGAGAAGCGUCACGAGAAUGCAUACGUUAAAAUUGUUGAGAAGCUUUUAGAAGUGGACCCAACAGAGACUAUGAUAGCCAUAUCAAAUAUGAUGCGGCGCAAGAUUACAAUGCCCGCGCACUUGAUGCAUGACGGGCAGAACCCACAUCUCUUCGAUAAUUUUUCCGCUGUGGCACAACGUAUUGGCGUGUACACGACUAAUGACUAUGUUGAUAUUUUAGAUUUCUUAAUUGGACGGUGGAAAUUGGAGAAGAUUGAGAAUUUGACAAGUGAAGGACAAUGUGCACAAGAGUUCGUGUGUGGACUUGCACCUAGAAUAAGGAAACUCCAAGUACGUCUUGAUAACCACCGAUCGACCAAGAUCCACCAUAAAUUCUCUUGGGUCUUCAAUAAAGAGGUGUCCUUGUGAUUUGUGAAGUUUUAUAACCUCCACUGUUAUGUCGCUUUCCUUGCGAUCCAAAGUUAUUGAUAGUACUAUCACAUUAAUAACACAUGUCUGAGUAAAUUACUUGUCAAUAGCUUUCGGUGGUUUUGUUUUGUAUUACUGUAAAAGGAGACAAUUGUCUAUUGUACUUAACUCUAUCGAUAGAAAUAUCGUAUUUUAUAUGUAGGAGUUGAAAUUUGAAUUCCAAAUAUUUCACUUAUUCGUUUUAAA